AUAUAAUAAUUUUUUUAUUUUAAUAUAUGUGCAUUUGGUAAGCAAAAAAAGCAUAAUAAAAUGUCCAGUGCACGUUCAGGACGUUUACUACGUGAGCUUGAAAAACUGAAUGUCAGGCCACCAUGGGGAAUAACUUGCAAACCCGAGAAGGAGGAUGUUAUGGACGUGUUAAAAGUCAGCAUGCUCGGCCCCCAGGGUUCUCCGUAUGAAAAAGGGAGAUUUGAGCUUACUAUCAACAUACCAGACAGAUAUCCCUUCGAGCCUCCUCAAGUCAAGUUCCUUACGCCUAUAUACCAUCCCAAUAUUGAUAAAGGUGGCAGAAUCUGUAUGAACAUAUUAAAAAUGCCUCCCAAGGGCUUAUGGCUGCCCACUUUAACCAUCGAGUCUCUCCUCCUCGCUAUACAAACACUGCUAGCAUAUCCCUUCCCGGAAGAUCCAUUGAUGUUAGAUGUCGCGGAUGAGUUUAAAUAUGCUAAAGAGCAGUUUUUAGAGAAUGCGAGGAAACAUACAGAGCAGCAUGCAGUGUUAGAAAAGAAACAAUAAGUUUGGUUUAAAUAAUAAUAAAAUUGUUUGUUGUACGUAGGUACUGUUGUGUAAAUCAAGAGGGUAGUGUUAAGAAUAAGUAGUUCACGCACAACAGAUGGAAACGUUUAAGUGCAGAAACCAGCCCAGAGAAAAGAAGAGAAGAAUAAGUAGUUAUCAGUAGCGGUCAGUCAGUGUUUCAAAAUGUAGUCACUUAUCCAGGAGCGCCGCUGAUAUUGGGGGCGCUGAUAAGAUCCACGGGUGCCUUUUCUGGUAAUUCUUAAUCUAAGUACAGUGUCCGGAAAACAACUUGAAUAUUGAUGCGAUCGGCGGGAGCACGCGAUUGGUUGAUUAGUUGGCGCGGGAGCAUGCUAUUGGUUGAUAAGUUGACCCUUGCUUCCUAGAUUCGCCAACUUUCCUCCACUACGCUGCUUUAUUCAAGCUGUUUGUGGGGCACCUUAUUGUGUAAGAUAUGAAAAGUGCUUGUAUAUUUAAUAAAUUUUGUAAUGUUUCUUCUGUAGUUGGAAAUAAGAUAGUUGCUAAGGGUCCAAAGCAUUUGCGCUGCGCUGCGCGGUCUUGCUCCAUACAAACUCAUAUGAACUAUCAAAUAUAGUUAUCACGCCGCGUCGCAUAGUUACCUGCAGCAUCGCUCAAGUGAGCUUUGCUGCAUACAAACUUACAUAAACUAUAUUUCGCGCAUUACAACUCAAAUGCGUUUGGGCCUUAAGAAUGUGAUAAGUCUUGCUUUAAUUAAACUAUAUUUGAUUGUAAUAAGUACAUUAAGAGUAACUGGAGGGAUGGGAUGUAACCAUUUAUUUCUACAUGAGUGUCCAAAAAAUGUAGAGAUACACUCACUACAUGUUUUUAGGGUUCAUGUAAAUAAUGAUGAUGGUGAUGUAUCGAGUUAGCUUUGAUUGCCGGUCAUUGAACCGCCCAUAGGCGUCCAAACUGUAAAUUGUAUAAUUAAUAUCCAGAUUGUCUUAUAUUUUUUGAAUAAAUAAAAAAUUUUGUA